AUGGAUGUCGACGUUGAUUUAGAGUGCCUUGGUAUACUCGAACAGCGAAUGUUCGAACUCUCGUUGGCCGCAGGUGCUGCAGGGAAUGAACAAUGGGGAAAAGAUGCUGUCACGCACCAAGACCGAUGGAACCCAUAUGAGGGUCUCCCCGAGCACUGGAAUCAUGGUGACCGAGAUCCGUAUGCACCAGAAUUUGAAGGGGAACUGGAUGUGCGUCGUUUUCAUAUUCACGGUGGCGGGAAUUGAGCCCGAAGUCGUUAAGAAAGAAAAAGCCCAAACCACGGCCACAGCCAAGGAAGGUACAUGGAAGUACUUGACGUGCGCG